AUGGCCAAAGACGAGAUCGACAUUAAUCAGCAGGCAGUCUCAACAGACCAAAUCUCGCCGGUUGACCUGACGGCUGAAAACGCAGUUCAAGCGGUAAAGGCAGGACGUGCACAGGAUGUCGACAUCGCAGCGAAGUUCAUUGCCGAGCACGGCCAUGAGCUUCACGGGAACGACUACACCAAGGAGGAGGAAAAGCGAAUGAUCAAGAAAGUCGAUUGGAGACUGGUUCCUAUCCUCUUCGUGUGUGCAACUCUUUCAGGUCUUGACAAGACGGCCAUAUCAGCAGCAGCGAUAUAUGACUUGAGGGAGGAUCUGAACCUCACCGGUCAGCAGUAUUCGUGGUGUGGAUCCGCGCCUUUCUUUGGCGGGCUCUUGUUCAUCGGCCCUGCCUCUUAUUGUCUUCAAAGGUUUCCCGUCGUCGACUUCUUCGCGCUCAACGUCCUUUGCUGGGGUAUCGCCGAGAUAUGCAUGGCAGCAUGUCAUAAUUUCGCAACGCUAUUCAUAUGUCGCUUAUUCUUAGGCGGCUUUGAAGCCUUGGUCAUUCCGGCUGUGACCCUCCUUGUGUCUAUGCAUUACCGUCCCGAGGAGCAGCCACAGAGAAACGCCAUCAUUCUGAACGUCAUCGCACCAAUCUGCAACGGGUUCAUUGCUUGGCUGAUAUCUUAUUAUGAUGGACCAUUCCAGCCCUGGAAGAUUAUCUUCUUGACCUUGGGCUCCUUCACCAUUAUAUGGGCAUUUGUCGUUUAUUUCUACCUUCCUAAUAACCCUUUUCAGGCCAAGUGGCUGACGCCCCGCGAGAAGCUCAUCCUCGUGCAGCGCAAAGCGUCCGAUAAUACUGGAAUGGAGAACAAGGAAUUCAAGCUGUCCCACAUUCGCGAAGCAGCCCUUGACAUCAAAACCUGGCUCAUCUGGUUUACCAUCAUCGCACUGCAGGUGCCUAACGGUGGCCUCUCGACGUUCAACACGCUCAUCAUACAGGGAUUGGGGUUCUCCAAACUUGAGACCUCCCUACUGGCGAUGCUCCUGGCGCCAUGA